AUGGUCAAUCGCAAUCGCUGGUCAUGGUCCGGGGGGCCGUGGAAGCCUCAAGCCCGAGAUGAUGUGGCGACGAGCCAGCUACCUCUCGUCCGCUCCCCCGAAAAGCCCGACUUGUACGAGGUCGACACUAUAAACGAUUCGAGAUUGCAACCUACCGCCACCAGUGUCUCAUCGCGCCGGUUGUCUAGAAAUCGGUGGAGUUGGCGGCCAGAUACCGCCAUAACGGUAACGCUGGAAGAUCAGCAAGAGACCGAACAGGGCGGGAAGCAGGACGGGGACCAGGACCUGGGUCGAGCAGACCACGCGGCCGACUCGACAAACUCAGCCAACAUCAAGCGCCGUUUGUCGAAACACUUCAAUAAGACGGAAACCGCUUAUGCUGCUCCUGAUGCUUCUGGUCCUGCUCCUCUGCCUCUUAUUCCAAACUCCCCUCCCUCCCGAUCAAGACCGAGGCCGUCGUCAAUGAUAGCGCCCGCAAGCGCCUCUUUCGAUACGUCGCCCUCGUAUCGGAAUUCCUCUCAGCGGUGGGCUCAACAGCAGCCACACCCGCAAAGCCAACAGCAAGACGGCGAGGAACAACCCGUGGCGGGAGUCAAGAACGUGUUCAGCCGGCUCCUCAAUCGGCGGCUCAGUCUACACGGGCUCAGCAAUAACAGCAAGUUUGUGCCGAUGCAGCAGCAGCAUCAUCAUCAUCCCCAGGCCCCAGCCGAACCAACGCCGCCGCCUUCUCGCCAGCAGCAGCAUCAAGAACAGAGACCCCUGCCAAUGCAACCCCCGAUGCGACGACAUGGUCCCCAGCUCCACAAUCCACAGAACACCAUCAGAGUGCCGCCAGCCCCCCCUGUCACCAACAAUACACAGGCCCUGAUCCAGGGUCACAUUGGCAACGGUCGUGUCGUCGCACCGCUGCAAGGGCUCGACGAGAACGAGCCGUUGCAGCUGUCACCAUCGACAAGCUAUCCCUCGACUGCCGCAUGUGUCACGGGUGGCGCCACGGGCGCAGCAGCGGCACAAAGCCUCGAGUCAGACACCGCGUCGUCAUCAACUGCUACAUCUUCUCCGGCGCGUAUAGAAGGUCCGGGUUUGUUUGGCCGCUUGAUGCGACGGCGAUUGACGGUUCCCAAGGAGAAGGACACCACCGACAACCAGAAGAGGUCUUUGGUUUCCACUGCAAGCAUAGACGACGAUACGAGUUGUCCAUCCGGCGCUGACAAGCAGAUGGAGGGCUCUCCUGACGCUGUCCCGGCGGCGAUUCGUGGGGCCAACGAGCAGCGCCAGAUACCGCCGCAGAACCGGUCGUUGCAAAAGACACACGGCACAUCGAGAAACGAGACUGCCUCACCAGACAUGCGACCUUCGCCAAAGUCACGAUUCCUACGACAAGUCACAAAGCCGCAGACAGCGUUGACAGCCAUAACCGCAACUGCCGGCGCCGCCGUCCCACGCAAAUCCAAGUCCCAUUCUCACCUGCAGCAACAUCUCCAGCAGUCGGCGUCGCCGUCGUCGCCGUCGCCGGCCGAACCCAGACUGCGUUCGAAACCUAGUUACGGCAAGCGCUUCUGGUCGAGAGCCGGCGCCAAUGACUUUGGCCAAGACGAUGACUGUGUGGCCAAGACCAACACACCGGCGCAAUCGUCGGCGCCUCGAGCGGCAUAUGUACCGAAACACGCGGCCGCCGACUUCUCGCGCACGACCAACGCAGCACGCCACAACCGCCACAGCUUCUUUCUUGGCAAUGACCUGCACAACGGCGUCUUGCGCCCCCUGGCUACAGUCGCCGCUAAUUCUCAAGAGGACGACGAGCCGGAGCCGGAGCCGGAGUUGGAACCUUACAAGAAAGAAACAGGUAGGCACCGGACGCCAUCGGCUGAACAGGCCGAGAAGCGCGGGUCACGGGACCUGCCUUCGUCAACAAAGUACGAGGCGCCGUCUCCGAUGGAAUUGCACCGGCGUCUCGAAAUCGUCAAGAGUAGCGAGGUUGAAGUGGUUACCACGAGGGAGCCGGCGACUGCCGACUCGUGGCAGCAUCAGCUCAACCUGCUGCGAGAUGGUUCAAAUACCCCUUCGUCGUCCAACGGAAAGGCACCUGCAGCAAGAAGUCAUUCGCGCCCCAGGUCCUCCCAGCGCCAUAGCUUCAACCUCGUUUCCGACCCUCACGCAAGAGAACUCACACCUCCCAAGUCAGCUUCACCUGUCGAGAUGGAAGCGCCCUUUGACCCCCCGAGCCAGACGCCGCAGCAAGUAUCGUCCCCGGCACCGCCGCGUCCCACGUCGUUCUACGCCCGGCCUCUGUCUCGGCAAGACUCGCAGAGCAGACAACCCGCCGCGCGGGAGAUGUCGGAUUUUGAGCGGUUCUUGGCAGAUGCCGAGGUCGCCGAACGUGAACAUCACGCGCAGAUGUGGCGUAACCUUGCUCGCCGCUCCGGUCAUUACGGUUACAGCAAUGGCCCCUGGAGCUCCGUCCAACCUGCUAUCGACCCCUUUUCGGCAUACGCCGGCACCGUCAAUGCGACGGCGCCGUAUGGGGGCAGCAGUAACAACAACAUGAAUACCAAAAACAAGCGACACAGCGCGUACUACUCGGUCGGCAACGGGAAGCGGGCGAGUAUGAUGUCCUUCGGAACGGCCUUCGAGGAGCGCAAGGUGACCUCGCCCGAGUUCUACGGCCAGCCGACCGUGGCACAUAGCUCCAGUGUCGGGACAGACAAGAGGAGAGAAUCCCUGCAACGUCAGGGAAGCGUCUCGAAGCGCAUCUCGGCCUACAUCAAACCGCCAAAGCCAUCCCAGGAGCCCACGUACGAGGACUGGCCGGCGGCACGGGGCAACCGAAGAAGCGUCAUCGCGGGAGCGACGGAGGGUUGA